AUGGACGAAUCGACCAACUACGGGUCGCCGGUCAAUGCCGCGUCACCCACUAGCAAUGCUCUUCUCGCGCAGCCGCCGCUCGCGCCUGAGACAGGCAGCACCAGGCCGGAUAACUCUGAAGAUAUCCAGAUGGGUGAAGCCGUGAACAAUGAACCCAUUGUCAAGCAAGACAGCGCCACCCCAGCCCCGAUCACAGCUUCGGAUAACCCUCUGGAUGCACCGGAUGGUCCCGCAGCCGAAACUACCAUCUCGCGCGAUGAAGAUGACGCCGAGAUUGGGAAAGAUGCGGGUGAUGAACCCGAUGCCGACGCUGCUGUCACUGGCACCGAAGUAGAAGGACAGGAGGGCAAGACAAAGGAAAGCGUCGAGGCAGCUGCCCGUGAUCAUCUCAUUUCCCAGACCCACGCCAUAAUAUUGCCAAGUUACAGCACUUGGUUCGAUAUGAAUAUGGUACACGAGAUUGAACGUAAGGCCAUGGCCGAAUUCUUCAACAGCCGCAACCGCAGCAAGACCCCUGUCGUUUACAAAGACUACCGCGACUUCAUGAUUAAUACCUAUCGCCUGAACCCCGCGGAAUACUUGACCGUCACUGCUUGCAGACGAAACCUGGCAGGUGAUGUCUGCGCAAUCAUGCGGGUUCACGCCUUUCUCGAGCAAUGGGGCCUCAUCAAUUACCAGGUGGAUGGAGAUCACCGACCCUCUAACAUUGGUCCCCCCUACACAGGCCACUUCAAGGUUAUCUGCGACACGCCCCGUGGCCUGCAAGCCUUUCAGCCUUCGGCCGACCAGGAGGUGACCAAGGGCAAGCAAAGUGUAGACACUGACAACAAGGCCUCGGCUGCACAAGCUGCGAAAGGAGAUUCCAAGCUAGAGGUGAGUCGAAACAUCUACGACGGAGACGCCAAAUCAACCAACCUCAACGCCACGACCGAGGUCAAAACCAACGGGGAGACACCAACCACAAAUGGUGUGUCGGCAAGCAAGGAGGCAUCGACGGGCCCCAUCACGAAGGUCAACUGCCACGCCUGUGCCGUCGACUGCACUCGUCUGUACUACCAUGCUCCAACAAAGGAGGGUAGCGCCAAGGCAAAAUAUGAAAUCUGUCCCAGCUGCUUUCUUGAUGGUCACUUCCCUGGCGAUUCGAGCAAGUCACAAUAUACUCGUGACGGGGACGGUGCGCUUGUCCGCCAUGACAACCCUACGUAUACAACGGUGCCCGAGAGAGAUGCUCCAUGGAGCGAUGCGGAACUUUUGCGACUACUGGAGGCUCUCGAGCGUUACGAUGAAGAAUGGACCGACAUUGCAGAGCACGUCGGCACUCGUACUCGCGAAGAAUGUGCGCUUCAGUUCCUGCAACUCGGUAUUGAGGACAAGUAUCUUGAAUCGGAACUCACCAUUCUUGGGGCUCAUGGUGACAAGCAAAUCCCAUACAACCAGGCCGACAACCCAGUCAUGUCUGUCGUUGGAUUUCUAGCUAGCUUGGCUGACCCAGCCACCACAGCCGCGGCUGCCCACUCUUCCGCCGACGAAAUGAAGCGCCGUCUACGUAAUCGUCUCGAAGGCGGAGAGUCACGGGAGACUGAAGCCUCGAAUGGCAAGGGCAAAGAAAGAGAUGGUGAUGCAAUGGAGGUGGACGUUGAACAGGAAACGACCACUACAACCGUUACCACAACAACCGUCCGCAAAAUGGCAUCGAUACCACUAGCAACAACGGGAGCGCGCGCUGUUGGUCUUGCCACAGAGGAGGAGCGUGAGAUGACGCGACUGGUGUCAGCAGCGGCCAACGUGACGCUGCAGAAGCUGGACCUGAAGCUUAAGUAUUUCAAUGAGAUGGAGGCUCUGCUCCAAGCCGAGCGUCGCGAGCUUGAGAGAGGCCGGCAGCAGUUAUUCCUUGACCGACUCGCAUUCAAGCGAAGAGUCAGAGAGGUUCAGCAGUCGUUCAAGACAGCGGCGGCCACGGUUCCAGGAGCCGAUACUGUGCAGCCAUUGAGCAGUGGUGGCAAGGUGCAGAGCCUGGAAAUUUGA